AGAGGAAGAAAGCCCGGCGCUGUUCCUGGUCGUUUAGUUCACUUCUGUUCUGCAGCGCUGCGUAGAUUUAAACCGGGUUUUUUUUAAUCAGCUAAUCAGAAGAAACAGACAUCAGUGAUUUUUAAAACAAGUAUAUAUACCUGCACAGAAUGGCCACUGAUUCAGGCUACGGCCAGCAUGGUGGCUCACAAAGCUAUGGAUCAUAUGCUGGUCAGCAGAGUGGACAGAGUUAUGGACAAGGAAAUGGCAGUGGCUCUUAUGGGGGGCAGAGCUACGGUAAUUAUGGUCAGCCGGCUGUGACACAAGACGGCUACAACCAGUCUCAGGGAGGCUACGGUCAGCAACAGAGCUAUGGAAGUUAUGGACAGGAGUCAUCUGGGUAUGGUGACAAGUCAUCGUCGUCGUCAUCAUCAUCAUCAUCAUAUGGACAAGGAUCAGGGUCCUAUGGGCAGCAAGGGUCCUAUGGUGGUAAUCAGGGACAAGGAUCCUAUGGUGGUGGUGGUGGUGGUCAGGGCCAAGGAGGAGACAGCUAUGGACAACAAGGAUCUUACAGCGGCCAGGGAGGAGGAGGAGGUGGUGGUGGUGGCGGCAGCAGCUAUGGAAGAUGGAGUGAAGGUGAAAGUGGUGGUCAGGGUGGGAGGUAUGGACGUGACCAAGGAGACCGUUCAGAAGGAGGUGGCUACAGAGGCAGAGGCCGUGGUGGCUAUGACCGUGGCGGUUAUGACCGCAGUGGUGGAUAUGAGCGCAGUGGAUAUGACCGUGGCGGAAGAGGUGGACCUCCUGGUAUGGGAGGUGGUGACCGUGGUGGCUUCAAAAAUUACGGUGGCUCUCGAGACUACGGCUCAAGGGAUGAACCAGCUGGGGAGCAGGACAACUCUGACAACAACACCAUUUUUGUCCAGGGACUGGGAGAAGAUGUCACAGUUCAGGAAGUCGGCGAUUUCUUCAAGCAAAUUGGAAUCAUCAAGGUGAACAAGAAGACUGGCCAGCCAAUGAUCAACAUCUACUCUGACAAAGUCACCGGUCGGCCGAAGGGAGAAGCUACAGUGUCAUUUGAUGACCCGCCGUCUGCCAAAGCUGCUAUCGACUGGUUUGAUGGCAAGGAGUUCCAGGGCAAAUCCAUCAAAGUAUCAUUUGCCACCCGCAGAGCUGAGUUCACACAGAGAGGAGGAGGUGGAAGAGGCGGGAGAGGAGGUUUCAGAGGUCGUGGUGGUGGAGGCCCUAACUUUGACAUUAAGGGAGGAGACUGGCCGUGUCCCAACAGCUCUUGCGGCAACAUGAACUUUGCACGGCGGCAGGAGUGUAACAAGUGCGGAGCCCCCAAACCAGGAGAUGGAGGAUACGGAGGUGGAGAUCGUGGAGGCAGAGGUGGUUACGGAGGUGACAGAGGUGGCGGCUUCCGAGGUCGUGGAGGUUUCCGUGGUGGAGACCGUGGGGGCUACGGAGGUGGCGGCGGCGGCGGCGGUGGAUUUGGAGGAGGCUACAAAAUGGGAGGAAGAGGUGACCGCAGAGACGACAGACGAGAGCGACCAUACUAAUCGUCGAGACGGACACCGUUCCAGCCCUUGAGUUCGCCAGCGAGGGAGGGGCUCCGUCGGGGAAGGGGAUAUAGAUCAGACAUUCUGAUUUUUGCGUACCUUUUCAUAGCCCGUGCAUCCCCAGCUAUUACUCUUUCCAUCUGCGAGUGAGGGGGAGGGAUGUGUUGAGCUACUGUGAGAGGGGCUUUGGGGCUGAUUGGCAGUGUUGGCAUGUGGUCAGAUGUAAUUUUUUUUUUUUUUUUUUUUUUGGUUUUGUUUUGUUUUGUUUUCUUUGUUUUAUUUCUUUGUACAUCUUUUUAAUUUUCUCUCAGAUUCUAGGUGCAGAUGUUUUGUGAGGUAGUACCAUUGUUUUUGUAUGAACGGAAUAAAAAUGUUGUACUUGG